AUGGUCUGUUUAAUCAGGCUUCAUCCUCAACAGCCUCAAGAAGACCUUUCCUUUCCUCAUCGGACUACCAUCAUCCACACUCACACAUCACCAAAACAACACUCACCACCACCACCAUCACCACCAUUCACCAAAAUGGCUUCCACAACCCCCAACAACACCCGUGAGAUUCUCACCCUAUUCUCCCAGCUCGUGGCUCACACCCACGACCCCAAGGUCACCAUCAACCCCCCGAUCGUCAACUGCCACCUCUGCCUCGAAGACCCCGAGAUCCUCACCCCCCUCACCCCCGCUCACCUCGGAGCUACCACAUUCCCGGGCGUGGUUCUCCUCUGCGGCCACAUGGUCUGCAAGCCCUGCUUCAAGGGCUGGCACGACUCCAUCCGCAACCGCCAAACAAACGCCACCCCCGCCAACUUCACCCCCUCCCCUGGGGCCGCCCUCCCACAGAUCCCCGCACCCCACGUGGUGCCCUGCCCCAUCUGCCGUGGUUCCCUCUCCUUCCUCAACUCCUCCCACUGCAGGCACCUCCUCCCAAUCUCCGCCGUGCCGCGCACGCUGCCGGACUGGGGGCGGGCCCCGAAAAUCUGCUCCGACUGCAGGUUGCUCCGGGGGAGGAAGCUAGGGGAGCUGGUCCGCACUUUCAAGGAGUUGAACGUUCAGGCCGACGAAAUCGAGACGGAGGUCAGGUCUUGGAGGUUGGUGGGUGGACUCCGGUUUACCGAGGAGGAGAUCAGGCUUUGUUUUCCACACGUGGUCAACAGCCGGGAUCCGGCGGGUCAUGCGAUGAGGGUUAUUAGAGGGAGGAUGGUACAAGAGGAGCUAGCAAGAAAGACUUGGGCUGUGAGCAGUUGGCAGGCGAUGGGGAGGGAUUUCGGGGAGGCGAGGGAGGAGUAUAUGAAGUAA